AUGGAAAAAUGCAAAGAAAAUCAACCGUUAAGACCCUUGACAGAUACAAAAGAUAUUUUAUCAGAGAUAUCUCCAGACCCUGAGCUAUUAGUGUGGGAAAAAUGGAUACAAAUAAGAAAAGAAGAAACUACGAAGCUUGGAAAGAAACUCCACAGGGCCCCAGUGGAUCUAGCUAUGAACUUACCAGAGAAAGUUCGAGAAGACAUAGAAAGAAAAACCGCCUUAGAAUAUGCCCAAAUACAGAAAAAACCUGCUACUAUUAGGGGGUCUUUGUUUGAACGUCCGCCGAAAUUAAAACAAUGCUGUUAUUGUGCCCCGGUUUACGAAGUUCAUAGAACACGAGCCGAGUUAGGUCACCCACGAAUUAUUGAACAUGUUAAUGUUCCUACCUACAUACAGAAGACAGAGUUGGGCAUGAGUGGUGAACCACAUCGCGUCAAUUGUCAACAAUUAGACGCAGAAUAUAAAAAGUACAGAGAAAAACGAGAAAAGGAUCUCAAACAAAAUAUAAAAAAAAUUGACCCAUUCAAACCUUCAAUCAGUCAAUUGAUGAUAUGUGGUCAUAAACCUAAAACUCCGCCUCCUAAAAUCCCAAAACCACCUAAAAUAUCUGUUGAUGAACCAACCAGUGAAGCAAUGGUUUCAAUAAGUGGGGUUUAUGCUGUAAAAAUAAAUAACUCUAUUUUUUAUAAAGAGCCCCAUGAGCUAAGUCUGAUUCAUUUGUCUAAAUUAAAAAAUCAAAGCGGGCAUGAAGAAUGCUUAUCGUGGACUUAUUAUUUUAAUGCGCCAGCAAAAAGAGUCGGCAGGGGCAAACUAUUUUUACAGAACCUUGGUACGGUAACGUUAAGAUAUUGUUGGAAAAAGAUAAAGCGACAAAUACAAUUUAUACCAACUGAUGUGCCCGAGCAAGUCUUUUUCUUCAACAAGAACGAAGAUGUGUUAUCACCAGGCCAAAGUAAAUACAUAUGUUUUACAUUUAUAAGUGAUAGACCCGGUAUAUAUAAUGAAUUCUGGGAACUGUGUUUUUUUAACGUUAAUUUCUUUACUACUACCUCUGAAAAAUUCACUAUAGAUUUGUAUGCUGAUUCAGUAGAGAACGCAGAGAGUAUGACGAGGCAAGUUGAACUUCUUAAAUGUCGCAUUCGCAAUAAAACUCUUUAUGCUUUAUGCAAUGAAUUUGUCGAUGAAGCAUUUGAUAGAGUAUUUGCAAUUGUACCACAAAUUUAUCCGUACAAGAAAUAUUUCAUUGAAGGACAACUGUUCGUCAUGAAGAAUCCUGUUUGUUUUUAUCAUCAAACAGAAGUAACGCAUAUGAAGGAAAUGUAUGAAAAGGAAAUGGCGCCUGGUCAAACUUGGGAUCUUUCUAUAAGUAACUGGAGAAAGAUCAUGAUGGAGAAACGAUUUGAUGACAGAAUGAAAUACUUUGAUGUGUUAAAAAAGAGUCACAGUGAAUGCUUAAAACCAUGGUAUGAAGGGGAUCAAUUAAUAAAGGAUAAAUAUCGUGCCAUGAACAACUUAUGGUGUCAGUUUGCAAAUAAUUUAGAUAUAGAAUAUGAACGCAUACGCAAUAAUUUCAUAAAAACAUCUGACACAGAACAAAGUACAGAUGCUCUGCAAAGUGUUGAGAUUCUCAUAGAUCCACUUACGGAGCAAAAAAUUCAUAAUAUUUUCUAUAUACAUGCUUAUGAUCAUCUUGUGACUACCAUAGAGUUAUGUGCAGGAGUGUUGUCUAGUUUAGACUCAAAUAAAUGGAUCGAGUUUGAUUUUUGUCAAAGUUAG